UCACAUCAGCUUUACUGUUUUCUAUAGAAACACAACACACUAUAGGCUAUGGUUCGCGUCACACAACGGAACAGUGUCCUGAAGCUAUUGUCCUGAUGAUGUUUCAAUCCUGUUUCGGAGUUAUCUGCCAAGCUCUGAUGACUGGCAUUGUGUUUGCCAAACUCUCCAGACCAAAGAAACGAGCAGAGACCUUAAUGUUCAGCAAGAAUGCAUGUUUAUGUAAACAAGAUGGGGAACUGUGCCUAAUAUUCCGUGUCGGUGAUAUGAGGAAGUCUCAGAUUGUUGAAGCACAUAUCAGAUCAGUAUUAAUAAAAAAGAAAAUAACAAAAGAAGGAGAAGUCCUUCCUCUCUAUCAGUUUGACGUCAAUUUAGGAUUUGAGGAAGGUAGGGACCGGUUGUUCUUAGUGUGGCCAGUGAUUAUUGUUCACAAAAUUGAUGAGACCAGUCCAUUCUGGGAGAUGUCUCCUGAUGACCUGCACAGAGAACAGUUUGAGUUGAUAGUCAUCUUGGAAGGUAUCGUGGAAUCAACAGGGAUGACUACUCAGGCCAGGAGUUCCUAUCUCCCCGGGGAGAUCCUGUGGGGACAUCGGUUCGAGAGACUUGUUACGUUCAAGAAGAGAAUGGCCAGUAUCAGA